UCGCAGGAUGAAUACCCGGACCCGCGAUGCUUCCAGACAGACACAAAGAGAGAGAGAGACCGGUGGAGGCUUCCCAUCAUUCUGCGGUGUUCCGGAACAGACAGCCAGAAACACACACUCUGACAAGCAAAAAGAGUUGGAGAAUUUUGAACAGAGUAAUUUUAUCUGUCUCCUCUUCGUCGCGCUGGCACGGCGCGACCUCUGAGAAAAUGUCCCUACUUGCCGGUCCGAUCCGUCGUCGUCUUCCAAAAUAUCAAGUAAGCAGCUCCUUUGUCCGGUCCCCGCAGAUGAUCCGCUCCGGCGAGGCGUCGACCUUUUUGGGUCUGGUCUGGUCGUGGCGGUUGGAACAGCUGACACCAGUACAGUGUGAGUAUGACUAAUGUUUGAAAAUUUCUAGCAGGAAAGUCAAGUGCUCAAAACAAAAUGGGUGAAUGAGAAUGCUCUGGCGUUGACCUUUUUUUACUGUGGUAAGUUUGCAAAUGAGAUUUUUAAUUUCUUGUUUCGUAAUAAAUAGUUACAGUUGUUCACGCGCGGUGCCUUGCAAAA